AUGCUGAAAGGUGCGGAUGAUGUUAUGGAGCAGGAAGACUCCUCUUCCCGACAUGGAGAAAUGACGAGUUGGGAUAUCAAUGACAUCAAACUUCCCCAGGACGUAAGACAGAUAGACUGGUUUCAAGAAUGGCCAGAUUCCUACGUAAAACAUAUCUAUAGCUCAGAGGAUAAAAACGCUCAGAGGCACCACAGCAGCUGGGCAAUGAGAAACACCAACAACCACAACUCUCGCAUCUUAAAAAAGUCCUGCCUCGGGGUGGUGAUCUGCGGCAACAAUUGCUCGACCUUGGAUGGGAGGAAGAUCUACCUAAGACCAGCCAUCUGUGAUAAAGCUAGACAAAAACAACAGCGGAAAUGCUGUCCAAACUGCAAUGGACCCCUGCGGCUCCUUUCCUGCCGAGGCCAUGGUGGUUACCCAGUUACCAACUUCUGGAGGCAUGAAGGCCAAUUCAUAUUUUUUCAGUCCAAAGGAGCUCAUGACCAUCCACGUCCAGAAACAAAACUAGAAGCAGAAGCAAGAAGAUCAAUCCAAAAAUCACAGACAGCCUUUUCUCCUUCUUCUCCAAAAUUAAAAAGAAUCCAUGAGAUCAAGUCUCUGACAGGUGCAAUGCCGACGCGGGAGGCUUUGCCUUUGCUUCUUUCCAAGCCGGACGCUUACUUGCUCUCUGCCAAUUUUGGGGGACGUUUAAGCAAAAGCUCCCGGGAGCCAAUGCUGGGCAGCUCCUCUGGGCAACCGCCAUACCCAAGGGCAGCUGGGGAGGAUGGCGACUCCGGAGAGGUGCCGACAUGGAGCAGGAGCCUGGCCCUCGGGAAGACCCCCAGCACCGGGAGGCCAUGCCAUGGCCCUCUCGUCCUGCCCGUGACAGAGGGCGGCCAUGACCCCUUCAGGCCUAACGCUGGCCCUUUGGGGGAUGAAUCCUGUGAGGAGAAAUCUCUGCUGGGCUACAGCAGCAGCUGCCUGCCGCCGCCGCCCUACCCUGUGCCUCGGGGAGGGGGUCAGCACCACCACCAGCUCUCAGCGGCUCUGAGGGGGAGCCAAGGAGACGGGGGCGAAGGAGGGCGCCAUAUGGGUCUCAGCUACUGCAACGAUGACAUGUUUUUUAACCUGUACCCAUUACGGUGA